UAACAAGCUUUUUCCACUUGCACUGACAAUAUGAUGGCUUCUGACCCUGCUCAAUCGCCUCAGGCCACGACAGAAGAUCCACGAGCUGCCAAUCGCGACAAAUUUGAGCUUGAACUGGAAUUCGUGCAGUCGCUGGCAAACCCAUACUACCUCCAUUCUCUCGCACAGCAGAAUAUUCUUGACCAACCUGCAUUCAUUAACUAUCUGGAGUAUCUCAUGUACUGGAAAGAAAAGGAUUAUGCCAGAUUCAUACACUACCCACAUGCACUGCACCAUCUUGACUUGCUGCAACACGCCCAAUUCAGGUCAGAAAUGAAGAAAGACGAAUGGCGCGAAUAUCUGAACCAAAAGCAGUAUGACCACUGGCGAACAUGGCGUGAUUACCCAGGGAUGAGUACUAGUGUCGCCCCCACCGACCCCCAAGAAACCGGUGUGCAAUUGCAAUAGAAUGCUCCUUUUGGGUAACAUGGUUUACCGGAAGUCUUGGCGGAAGUUUAUGGCGCGUUGGUUAAUGAAAGUAACCAUAAAAUGAAGCGUUGCCAAAGAUGCAGACUUCCCGACGCCCGUCUGACACAAGGAGUAACUUAGCGUGUAUACUCCAUGUCACUUUUUAGAGAUAGAUCCUUGUGGGUUGUCUUCCAAUUGAAAAUUCCCACGCCUGUUAAACGCUUCA